AUGGAUCCUUUUGCCAUUCACCCAUCAGAUGGUGAAGAUAAUAAUGCUGCAAAUCACAACGAUCUGUCAAAUAAUCUCUUCUUAACAAAUUUAUUAAGCUCUCUUCCCAAUUUGGAAUCUCUUCAAGGAAAAAACAAUCGAAAUGAAAAUAACAUGAAUGGAAACAGCUUGUUUUCAAGCAUCUUAGACCAUCCAUUCAACGAUGGAUCCAAUACUGUAAUUAACUCAUUCAACAAUUACAGUAUUGACAGUUCGAAUCCAAUCGAUAUUUUCUGUGGCAGUGGAAGCAGCUCAAAGACUCGAAAUAUCUCACCAAGCACUUCGCCUCAUACAAACAGCUCGUCGAGCUCAUCGCAAAGUGUUUUUUGUGGACAUUGUGAAAAUGGUGCGAUUCAUCGAUGUCUUGACUGCAACGACGCUUUAUGUGGUGAUUGUGUCAACUCGCAUACCAUGAAUACAUUCACUAAGCACACAAUCAUCGGACUUGGUAAAAUCACGCCGAUUGGAAGCAUGACAACAAAUUCCGUUUUUCACUCUUCGAACGUUCUUCCAUCGAAUGAACCGCAAUGUGAAAUUCAUGGCGAAACUUUGCGUUAUUUGUGUGAAUCUUGCAAGAAAAUUGUAUGCCAGGAAUGUGUGUUGAAAGAUGAUCACAAGGAUCACGACACAACUCCAAUUACCAACAUAACAUCCGACAAAGCGAAGAAUAAAUUGAAAGCAAUUCACGACAGCUCGAAAUUGGGAAUUAAAUUCAUUAAAUCUUCAAUCGAUCGUGCUGUUGCAUUUUCACAAUCAAUCGAAAAAGACUCAAUGGAAAUUUCAUCACGUGUUAAAAAAGCUUUCCGAUUGUUGAUUCUUGCAGCUGAAGAUCGCGAACGGUCACUUUUGGAACAAGUCGAUAAAUAUCGUCAACAAAAGGUUGCAAAUUUAUCUGAUCAAAUGACAGGUUUACGAACAGCUUUGGCUGGUUUAGCUGAAACUUCAGAUUGCAUGGCCAAGUCAGUGGAAGCACUCGACCAUGUACCUAAAAUCGACAUUGCAUUCUUACUCGCAAACACAGAACAUCAAAUUGAAAAGUUUGCUUCAAUCUACAAGAAUCUCCAACCGAAGGAUGAAUCCAUAACUUUCAUUCCACCGAACUUCGAGCUAUUGCAAGAAAUACGCAGUCAAGGCGAGAUUGUCAUCAACUGUCGCAACAUUACUUACCCACACGAAAUGCAUACAAAUUCAAAUGGUUCGAAUGGUCAACCACAACCGUCAGCUUCAUCAACGAUGAGUCGUCAACAAAUGCGUGUAGGAAACUCGCCUAAUAAUGGUGAUCCAAUGUUGUGGGAUGCAAACUCAGAAAAUGCUUCAGCAAUUGUCUCCAAUAUGAGUUCGCAAGUCACUUCCGCGAAAACUUAUGCAGCAAUUGUCAAGCCUACAGUUUCAAAUGCGAUUGGUCAAUGCAUUGCAGGAAGUCACUCGCACAUUUCUGUGAAACCAGCUUUGGUUCCAGGUCUGACAUUUUGCUUCGAUGGACAUGAAGAUGGUGAAGUUUCGCGACCAUGGGGAAUUUGCGUGAAUAAAAACAAUGAAAUAAUUGUUGCCGAUCGUCGUAACAAUCGCAUUCAAGUAUUUUUCGCGGAUGGAGGUUUCAAGUUCAAGUUUGGUGUCAAGGGAACUGGCAGUGGCCAGUUUGAUCUCCCAGCCGGGGUAGCAACAGAUCAGAAUAAUCGAAUCAUUGUUGUUGACAAGGACAACCAUCGUGUUCAAGUAUUUUCAGCCUCAGGCGCUUUCAUCUUGAAGUUUGGAUCUUACGGGAAAGAGUUGAAUCAGUUCAUGUACCCAUGGGCUUGCGCUGUCAACUCAAAAUCACAAAUCUUGGUCACUGACUCGCGAAAUCAUCGAAUUCAACUUUUCAGCCCAGAUGGUAACUUCAUCUCCCGAUUCUCAUUCGAUGGUGUCAAUCACAGUCGAUAUUUGAAGGGUUUGACCACACCUCGCGGUGCUGCAUUCAAUCCACAAGGAAACAUCAUCAUUUCUGACUUUGAGAAUCAUCGUUUGAUUUUAAUUGAUGCAUCGAUGUCAAAAAUUUUGGCUACAAAAGGACAUGAAGGAUCGGCUUUGCAUGAAUUCUGUCGACCAUCAGGCAUUUGUUGUGAUGACGAUGGAAGAAUUGUCGUGGCAGAUUCUAAAAAUCAAAGAGUUUUGAUUUUCUCGCCUAUGCUCGAAUUCUUGUGGACCGUGGAAAUUCGUCCGUCAGCACGAAAUGUUCUUACAUCAAAUAUGGACGAGAAAGAUCGACCCAGUGACGUCGCGUUGUUAAAUGAUGGACGUCUCGUUGUAAUGGUCGAAACCUCGCCAGACUCACGUGAAGCAAUUUCACAUAAUAAAACAUUUGUCCAAGUUUAUUAAACUUAACUAACCAACUACCUCAAAUAUUUUAAGAGAUAAGAAAAUAUGAAACACAAAAGACUGAAGUAGCAUAAAUUUUUUAGAUGAUAAAUUUUUUAAACAAAUGACAGUGGAAAUGUCCACAAAUUAACUUCAAUUUUACAUUCUUCUUUUUUUAUUUUAUUUUUGUCUUUUUGAACGAUUAUUGUUCAAAAAGUUUGUUUUGAAAGUAAAUUUU